AUGAGCCCAGCUGAGAAAGAGAGACAUGCCGCUGAAGGGUUAUGCUAUGUCUGUCAUCAGCCGGGCCAUAUAUCUAGAAAUUGCCCUCAGAAGACCACAGUGAAACGUGAUGGGAAGGCGAACUCACCACCGGGAAUGCAAAAUUACAGUAUUGAGGUGGAUCUAAAUGAGAUGGACCGGAUGCGAUAUCUGGAGGAGACCACGACAUCAAAUGACGCCGUUGACCUGGGGUGCGCGUCCAUGUCCUUGCAAUAUGAGAACAUCCUGGACAACACAAGGGUUAGCGAUAACACGAUCUCAACAAGGAGAACGAAGCGGAUCUCACAGAGAGAUAUCCAUGGGGCUAAGCCCACUGAAAUGGGUGAAGUAUUGUCCAGGAAGGCUAAAUACCUCCUGGACGUAGGGAUCUAUCCCAGGGACCCGGAUCCGUGGGGACCCAUCCACCCAGAGCGGUUCCUGGUUUACUGUGUGUCAGGAGACGAAUACGUUAUAAUGGAUAACGAGGCCAGAACAGACCCUGAGCUUACCAUUCCGACCUCGUUGCUGAUGACUCCAGAAUUCGAGCUGGGGGGAUG